UAUGUGCAUACCUCAGGUUGUCAUGCUGUGGGCCCUGACGCGGUCUCGUCUCUAUAAAGGGCCCAGCUGUCCACAGCAGAGUCAGUCCAGUCCUUCCUGCAGGCCUGCACCUCCUCCACUGCCUCCUCCAGCUCAGCAGCAUAAUGUCUGUGCCUGUCAACCAGCAGGGCUUCAGCUCCAGCUCCCUGGGAGGCUGGAUGCUGGAGUCCUCCUGCAUCGGCCCCCAGAGACACUCGCACAGCGUGUAUGGAGGAGCCGGCUGUUUCGGGACGCGCAUCUCCCAGGGGCCGCACUUCAACUCCUCGUGCUCUGCAGGCGGCGACUGGCCUGUGUUUAACGGAGGCAAGUUCACCAUGCAGAACCUCAACGACCGUCUGGCCCGCUACCUGGAGAAGGUGCGCUCUCUGGAGAACAAGAACAGGGAGCUGCAGAUUAACAUUGACGAGUUUCGUGUGAAGACCACAUACAUCACUAAGGACUAUGCAAACUACUUUUCCAUCAUCCGUGACCUGAAAGCAGAGAUUACAAGAAGCUGUUCAGAGAACCAGAACGUGCUACUGCAGAUUGACAACUCCAAACUGGCAGCAGAAGAUUUCAAAUUGAAGGAUGAGAUGGAGAUGAACAUGCGGAAGAUGGUGGAGGCCGACGUGUUUCGCCUGCGGGGGAUCCGGGACGGGAUGACCCUCACCAUGAGCUCCCUGGAGUUGACCGUGGAGGAGCUGAAGGAGGAGCUGAUCCGCAUGAAAAGCGAACACAAAAAGGUGAGAUCCACAGGCCGUCAAACCAAAGAGCGUCUGGAAAGGAGGACGUGGGGAAUCAAUGAAGCAUUCGUUCUCCUGCUGCAGGAGAUGGAGGAGCUGCGACGCCGGGGCGCCGGGAAAGUGAAGGUGGAUGUGGACAACUCCGGCUCCUGCGACCUGGAGAGGGUCCUGGCGGAGAUGAGGGAGCGGUACGAAAUCGUGAUAAAGAACAACAAGCAGGAGAUCGAGAAGUGGUACCAGGAGAAGAUAAAAGCUCUUCAAGAACAAAUCCGCAUCUACACGACGGAGGUGGAGACGCACCGCUCUCAGACCUCAGUGCUGAAGAGGAGCUACCAGUCUCUGGAGAUCACCCGCCAGGCUCUGUACACCGAGAUUCAGUGCUGGCAGCAGAACAUCUGUGUGGUGAACAACCAGACUUCUGCUCAGCUCAGCUGCCAUCAGUCGGCCGUCGCCGCUCUGGAGGCGGAGCUGCAGAAGAUGAAGACGCGUGUGACCGAGCACCGGAUCAAGCACGACACGGUGCUGGAGAUUAAGGCCAGGCUGGAGAGCGAGAUCGCCGAGUACAGGAGGCUGCUGGAGGGAGAGGGAUAUGAACAGAAGAAGGCUCUGAUCAUCAAGCAAGUGACAGAGGAAGUUGAAGAGCAAAAACCCCACAUUGAGAAGAGAGUGAAAACCAUCGUGGAGGAAAUUGUUAAUGGACAAGUUGUGUCCUCCUCUGUUGACACUCAAGUGCACACUGUUCAGUAGUCUGCCUGCCUCCUCUAAAACCUGCCGAGUUGGUGAUUUACCUGUGCUUUUUAGCUGACCACGUGUUCUUUUUGGUGGUUUGGAUUUGUCUUGACAUGUGCAGCGAACUUGAUUUAUGUGCUGGUCUUUAUGCGGGCUCUACUUUUGGAAAAAUAGUAGCCCAAAAAAUCAAAUAAACAACUUCAAAAAUCCAGUUGUAAACUAACAGAAUGUGAAUCUGGGAUCAUAUAAAUGUCCGUCAUUUUGAUCAUAGUUGAAACUCAUGCCCCUCUGUAAGUUAAUCGUAGUCACUAAAGAUAAAAUAUAUAAUAAUACUGCAAAGGUUUUAUAAACCCAAAGUAGAUAUCUUCAGAGAACAUAAAUUUCACUGUGAUGUAAUGUAAGUUAUGACCACCAGGUGUCUCUGUUGUCUCUGAGAAGACGGUCUGGCACAACUUCGUGUUGCAUAACCUGAAUUUGCUAAAAUGGAAACAGAUUUUUUUUUUGCUGCAAAAGAGACUUUUCCAAAUAUGAUUAGCUUGGUUUACUGGCAGUAAGUUAAUUAUCUGUUGGAUGUAUAAAACUGAAGCUUUAUUACACAUCCAAAAGUCCCGGAGGAAACGAAGCCAAUGCUGGAAAUGAUUUGACACAGAAGCACGCAGGGGGGGAAUUUUUUUUGCUUUAUUAAAUAGAUCGUACAAAGAGAUUUAUAAUGCUCUAAGAGCUAAAAAUUAUGGGUUGCUGGUCAUUCUGGAGACAUCAAAGAUUUCUUGUCAAAGCGGAGUUGAAUGAAGCAGAGCGCUGGGAUUAAUGCAGCGGUUUGAGGUCCGCCUCACCUUCGCUGCUUUUGUGCGGUUGCUUUCUUUCAACAUGCUGGAAUCAGCGCUGUCAUCUAUAAUCCUCUGUCAAAAUGUCAAGUUUGCGUAACAAUAAAGGUGAAACUCAUUCCCAUCGACA